AUGUUUUAUAAUUUUGCUGCUCCCCGUUCAAUUGCCAAACGACGACGAGUGAACCGAGCGUGCAAUUUCUGUCGUGCCCAGCGCAUCCGAUGCGAUGCCAAUACUCCAUGCGCUCAGUGCAUUGACCAUGAUGUCUCUUGCAGUCGCCUGCGGUCUACCCACGCAACCAUAAAUAAAAGGGAUUCUCGCAAUAACGAUAUUUUGUCAUUGCAGCCAGCUUCUACAAUAGCAUCAGGCUCUAGAGCUCACGCCUCCCGCCAGAAUGGCAAAGAGACAUCAUAUCCACCACAUCCGCAGAAGUCAGUAUCCGUGACAUAUCAGCUGGACUCGACGCUGGAAUUUGUUACGCGCAUCGAUACAUUCUGUUCUGGCGUCUUGCAAUUAUCUCCGCAAGUUGUAUCACAUGAUGAUCCAGGCCCGUAUAGAUCCCCUUUCUGUCCUGGUGAGGUAGAUCCCACAAGCUCAACACACUGCGAUAUCUCAUUCGAGCAAAUUAAGGGCCUCUUUUGGGUAUUCCGGACACGUCUUCAUCCUCAAAUUCCUAUCAUCUCUCAAGAGGAUCUUGAAAUCUCAUCUGCUGAUGAACCACUUCCCUCUCCGCUGCAGGAUGCCGUGAUCGCAUACACAAUGCAAUAUAUCUUCCAUUCUGGCCUUCAUACUCGACUCCUAGGUCUACAGUGGAAACAGUUUGAAGCAGGUAAAAGAUCCCGAGUCAUUGGCAUGCCAUACUUUCAACGAUGUCUGGCAUACUGCACCCAGUAUGCAAUUUUCGCUACCCCUUCGCUCAUGACUCUCAAAUGCUUCUGCAUAAUGACUCUCUUCCUCCUUGAUACGGGCCAGCAUCAUACGGCAUAUAGUUUGAUCGGUAUGGCGGUUCGUUUCGCUCGAUUUCUUAAUCUCGAUCGCGUUGACCCAGGUUCUGGGGAAAUAGAAAAUCUCCAGAUUUGGUGGACGCUCAUUCAUCUUGAUGUUCGAUGCUCCAGGUAUUCGGGCAAGCCUGUUUCAGAGAUCUUUUCCAUUGCGGCGUCGACGCCAUACCGACCCCCAGAUAGUGUGGUGAAUGAGAAAUCGUCGCCGUAUUAUAUCCAUUGUUUGCGAUUAACAUGUGCCACUCUCGCUGUCAUCAAGGCCUUGACGUAUCGCUCAAGUCCCGAGGAAGCCGACAUCGAAACACGAGCUCGAGUCCUUUCGGAACAACUCCUUCCAAUCCAGGAGUGGAAAGAGAAUAUACAUAAAGACCAAUCUUUUUCACAUAUUUGCCUGGAUGUCCCCGACGACCUCACGGAAACUAGCUCGUUCCACGAGGAUCAUGAAAACCCAAACUCCCUCCCAAUCCAACUCACUACCCUCUUGGAACUCCAAUAUCAUGAUAUCCUCAUCAGCCUCCACCGCAACUUCAUCGUUCUUUCCCCUCCAACCGCACCGCUUCAACAUCCACAAGCAGACUCACACGCCCACACGGCAUUAAAGCAUGCACUGAGAACGAUCCAUCUCAUACAUUCCCGCAUGUCUCAGUACGACGUCUUCUACGGAUGCAGCGAGCUGUACCAGUACCAGUGGAAUGCCGUCAUAACGCUGAUCGGCUUUAUGCUAGCGUAUUCCUCUUCGGUACACUGCAAAACAGCUCUCCGGCAUGUCGAUCUUGCUCUGCAGGUCUUUGAAUUCGGGGGCAGGCUAUCCGAUGCGGCGGCUCGAGCGGCGGGAUUCACGCGGUUUUUGCGGAAUAGGGUAGGUAAGAUGGGUUUAUCUCUUGGGGAGGAGUUGCAUCGUACUGGAAAGGAGAUGCAAUCUUUGAUGGGCUCGGUAUCGGAGAUGGAGGGAGAUAACAGAGGCGAGGGUAUAUUAUCGUACUUAACAACGGAUUUGAGUCUGUGGUCUUGGGCUGAUUUCGUCGAUCCUAACAUGGCGGGCUUUGAGUGA